AUAUAUAUAUAUAUAAUAAUAGUAAAAAUGGCAAUUUCCAAAUAAGUACAGUGAAAUAAAUAGCAGGAACGUCCACGAUGAUAAUAGGCUACUGGUCCAUUUUUUUUAUGAUGAGAUACAUAAAACCAGGAACACCAACUAAAUACCACACCCUAUGCAUACAUAAACCUUAUAUAGGCCUUUAUAACUUUUUAUUUGAUGGAGAAGAAUCAGAGUUAUGCUGUCACAAGUAUUGGAAGAUUAAUCAGACGUGACUCAGAUGUUUAAUGAUGACAUUGCAAAUAUUGUGGGCGUAGGCCUACUUAUUGUCCCCGCCUUUUGUAAAUACAGACCUCCUCCCUUACUAUGUUAUAUUAAAGACUGUUGUGAACCCUACCAACAUUUGUUUUUCUUUCUGUGUUGGUUACGCUUCAUUUCGUGGACCAGAAUGACAAUCCAAAUCUUUACCAUCAAAUAUGAUGCGGAAAAUGAGCCAUAUGUAUUUUCAAGGGGAGAUACUAUCACAGGGAGAAUUAUUUUGGUAGUUUCAGCUGAAACAAAGAUUAAAUGUCUUUCUAUCAAGGCUAAAGGAAAAGCUCAUGUUUUGUGGGAGGAAGAUUAUGGAUUAUACCUGGACGAAACAUACCGUGCCAAAUAUGAAUAUUUUUCAAUUGAGCAGUGUGUACUGCAGGAAGGGAAUGGCACCAAUGUUCUAACUACAGGAAGACAUGUGUAUCCUUUCUCUUUCCAAAUUCCUGACGAGGACAUGCCAUCCUCUUUCCAGGGUAAAUGUGGUCAAAUCCUCUACUCAUUAGAGGCUAAGUUGACCAGGUCAAUGAGGUUUGACACCAAAGCCAAGACUGAUUUCCCCUUUGUCUCAAAGGCAGACCGGUCUAUGAUCCCAUAUCUAAUGAAACCUCAGCAUGGGACCAAGGAUAAGGAUGUUAUGUUCUUUGCAUCUGGAAAAAUCUCUGCGAGCAUUCACAUUGAGAGACAGGGAUACCAGCAAGGAGAGGCUCUGAAAGUCAGGGCAAUUAUUGUCAACAACUCAACUCGCCCAGUGACCCCAAAAUACUACCUGUACGAAAAGCAGUGUUUCUACGCCCAGAAAAAGAGGAAAGUUCACACCCACAACAUCUUGAAAGAGAAGGGCGAUCGGGUCCCUGCUGGCACUCGGCAGACGGUGACCCAAGUUUUGACCAUCCCUCCACAACUCCCUGCCACCAUCUUCAACUGUCCUAUACUCAAAUUAGAGUACCGAUUGAAGGUCAUUCUUGAUGUUAAACUGGCCAUAGACCCUGAGAUCAAGCUACCUAUCGUUGUUCUUACUGCAACUCAAACUCUUGGACAGGAACCCCCACCUUACUCCAGUUUUGGUUUUGAGUCACAAGUCCCAACUGCAUCUGAGCUACCACCCCCCUACGAAAUGUUUGCUUCCUCGUCAAAUUUCUAUAGAAAAUUGUAAAGGCAUGGAGAUUCUCAAUUGGGCGCAAAAGUCUGUUCUCUACUCAACUCCUCCAUCCUACUCUCUUCCAUGCCCCAGAGGCCGAUAAGGGGUCGCCAUAUAUAGAAGAGGGUCAAUUCGUUAAUAAGGGAACAGAGGAGUUUGAUCCUCUCCUUGAUAGCCUCCUCUCUGGCCAAGGAUAUUGAGAUGUAUCCUACCAGAGUACUACAUGGAAGAGGUUUGAAAUGCACCACACCCCCUUUGAAUCCGUUGUUGUUUUGUCAGAGAAAAGCAUGUACCUUUAAAUACAAUAUGCUACCUAUAAUUUUAUCUAUAAAACACCCAUCUAGUACUGGGUUGGACCCCCCCUUUGCCUUCAGAACAGCCUGAAUGGAUGCACCGUAUCAGCAACAAUGUUUAAAUACGCUGUGGCGUUGAACCGUUGCUCAUUUGUUUGUCUGUUUGUGGCCCAUCUGUUAGCUUGCACGAUUCUUGCCAUUCUCCUUCGAUCUCUCAUCAACGAGCUGUUUUCACCCACAGGACUGCAGCUGACUGAAUGUUUUUUGUUUGUCGCACCAUUGUUGGUAAACCCUAGACACUGUCGUGUGGAAAAAGCCCAGGAGGGUGGCCAUUUCUUCGAUAUUGGAUCCGGCGCACCGAUGUUGAUACCACGCUCAAAGUCGCAUACGUCACUUGUUUUGUCCAUUCUAACGAUCGAACAGUAACUGAAUGCCACAAUGCCUGUCUGGUGUACUUAAUAAACUGGCCAGUGAGCGUAUAUAUUAAAAGUCUAAUUUCAUACCAGCGUAUUUGUUUUCAAGUUUCCUCCCCCUUGCCUCGAUUACCUUUGACCUUUUUCAAAAAGAGGGGAAGAGAGGACAGAGGAGAUGACGUGAGGAAUUGAGCAAAUUCUAUUGAUAUUCUCCUGGAUAAAGGGAGAUGAAGGGUGAAGAAUUUCAGAAGAAUUAGAAUUGAUUAUUGUAUUGUCUAACCAUUUCCUCCUUCACUUUUAUUGGUCUUUUUUUGUAUAUGCAUGCAUGACUGUACGUUGCUUUGGAUGACAGCUUCUGCUAAAUGGCAUAUUAUAUUAUUAUUUAGCAUCUAUACGUAUUGCUAAUUUACCUGCCUUGAUUUGAAAUGUGUGCAUGUUGCCUUAGAAAAUAAUAAAAAGCACUAUACAAA